UUAACGUUAAAUUGGGCUAUGUGUUUCUCAUAAUUUAGUGGGCUUUACUCAGUGAUUGAGCCCAACACCAACCGCAGGAUUUUUAGGGUUUUGACGUCUUCUUCUACUAUGAAACGAACAGUUUUCUUCUUCGAUUUCUCUGAUACAUCUAUGGAGUUUCGUUUUCUUCAAUCCGCGUUAAUCAUGGUUCUAUGAAUCUUUGAUCUGACGUUCUGUCUGUUAAUCAUGGUUCUAUGAAUCUUCGAUCUGGUGUUCUGUCUUCUCUUUAUAUAAAUGAAAAUUUUCUUCUAAUUGAUUCAUCAUCUUUAUCGUGCUCUUAACUUCAUCACCCCUUUAUGAGCACGAUCUAUUAUUGAAUGCACCUUAUUCCUAUGUAAGGCGGUGUCUUCUAAUCCUAUAAAAGAUCUGAAGUUCGGUCGAUGCUUAUCCACAGUUCAAGCACGGUUGCUCCGGUUCUGUUUAGCCAGAAACGUCAAAAAGCUGUGGGGAGAUGAGGCGUGGAUAUGCUCUUUACUGGAUUCUAAGAACCUUCACUUUCCAGCUGAAGCUCACUGAGUUCAACUUCACUUCAAAGCAUCAGUCAUUCACCAUCUCCCACAUAUUUGAAAAGCAUCAGCGUCCACCACUACCAAGCUUCGCUGAACAAAGAAGUAACAAUCAACCUGGUGAAGACAUGCCACGAGCUGGAGCAGUGUCAAGUAAGCGAUCUGGUGAGAUUACCGGUGAAGCCUCUAAGAACACUGGUGCGAGUGAUCGUCUUGGGAUUGUUGAAGGAGGUGAUGCUGAUCCACCUAUCCAAUCUGAUGAAGCUGUUUUUGUUGACUCCACCACUACCAAUGAACCACCCACGGAUGAUGUGCGUGAAGGGAAAAAGCCACGCAGAGCUUAGCUUCCUAACUUCAGCAUGAGUUGAUGUUUCAGUCGUCAUCCUCGCCUCUUAUCUUUUCUCCGUCUUUAUCCUGGUUUUAGUAUUUUAAGGUGGAUUGAUUAACAAGCUCCAUCGCUUUGAGGCCGCACGUCUAUGAUGUGACUCUACAUCCCACUCUCAGUUUUAAUUAAAACUCAAAGGAUAAAGUGAUAAACUUUUAAGUUCCUCAUCUUCCCUCUUCCUACAUAUGAGCUACAGAUAACGACGCCUGGACGACGUCACGUACAUUAUUUAAUCAACCCUCCAACCGUCGUCCGUAGACCCCCCAGAUUGUACCCCGUUUAAUUAUUAAUCCGUCAAAAAAUCACAUGAAAAUUAAUUGUCUAGAUCACAAACGGUCGGAGUCACUAUAGGGAUAACUUAAUCUUGCUCAAGUUCCAUCCAUAUCUCCAUCUCGGUAUCAAUAACUUCAUCAAUGGGAGUCUGAGCCAAUGUUGCCCACUUUGGAACUUCCUCAAGAAGAAUAAGCCAAGAAGUUUCAACACUUGAUGGCAACGUAAAAGUUGAAACUGAAAGGUUUCCAUUCUUUUUGAAUGUUGUAUCUACAUUUAUUUUCAUGCGUACACCUAAGUUUGGGAGUGUGGAACAUCAA